AUGCAAAACUUCCUUCCCCCACCCGUCGUGUCUUCCUCUAAUCGUAUACCCAUCCAUGAUACUCCUUCGGACUAUGAUAAUUUCACAACGGAAAAAUAUACCCCCCUCCUUGGAACAUCCUCAUCGCCUUCCUCAUCUACACGCCGCUCGCUGGCAUUCUGGCUCAUUCUUUACUUUUGCUUCAACCUUGGACUUACCUUAUACAAUAAGACCGUCCUCGUCCACUUUCCUUUCCCUUACACCCUCACUGCAUUGCACGCUUUCUGUGGCACUGUCGGAGGCCUCAUAUUGCUCAAAAAUGCUACAUUCGUGCCUGCUGAACUCACCGUCGCAGAUAACUGGGCGCUUGUAGCGUUUAGUGUAUUAUACACUAUUAACAUCGCCGUCAGCAACGUAUCCCUGCAUAUGGUCACUGUGCCUUUUCAUCAAGUGGUCCGUGCAGCCACGCCGAUAUUCAUAAUUCUUCUCUCGAUCCUCUUAUUUGGUACCCGGAGUAGUAAUCACAAGAUAGUAUCCCUGGUCCCUGUCAUGGUAGGCGUUUGUUUUGCUACGUAUGGAGACUAUUCGUACACGACAAGCGGGCUCCUUUUGACUGUACUGGGGACGGUACUUGCUGCCGUGAAGACCAUCUACACUUCUAUCCUGCAAUCCACUCCGUCGACGGCUUCUCCGCAACCCCGCAUAAAUUUUGUCGUUCCUCCGCGAUUAAAACUACAUCCGCUGGAUUUGUUGACGCGGAUGGCGCCGCUUGCAUUCAUCCAGUGUGUUCUUCUCGCAUACGUCACAGGGGAAUUAUCCCGCGUGCGUAUAUGGAGUUUAAACGAGAUGACGCCCGGAAAUGCGGCGCUCCUUGGGAUCAACGGCUUCAUUGCGUUUGGUCUUAAUAUCGUGAGUUUUACGGCGAAUAAGGCAGCAGGCCCUCUGAGUAUGACUGUUGCUGCCAAUGUCAAACAAGUGCUUUCCAUAUUUUGUGCUGUCGUUCUAUUCGAGCUUACGAUAACGCCGACGAACGCAAUUGGCAUUCUUCUUACGAUCGCUGGUGGAGUAUGGUACGCAGCUGUUGAAUAUCAAGAAAAGAAAGGUAGAUGGAGAAAGUAG